AAGCAUGCUCGCGCCACGAAGCAACGUCGAUUCUCAAUCAGAAGUCAUACGUGCUUAAGAAUAGCCACCAUGGUAUUGCUAUACUCAGCCCGCGCUCAUCAGCUCUUGCGAAUAGUUUCAUUCUUGCUAUUCACUCUCGUUUACGCUCAAGAUUCCUGUCCUCUCCAAACCCCCUUAUACCCUCCACCGCGGGAUCUCCUCUCCAGCCAAGAUGUCAAGGCGGCUUCGGAAAACCUCACUCAAGCGAUUGAAGAAGCCCUCACUACAGGUCUAACCGAUCUCGGCUCAUUACCUCUCAACACAACCACAUUCGCUGUUAAAGUAUUCUCCUCUCACACAGAAGGCUCUCUAUAUGAGUACCUUUACACAUCGCCAACUUACAGUCCAAGGUUGGGUGCAGGCGCACAGAACACGACACUCGAUAGCGUUUAUCGAGUUGCAAGCAUUUCGAAACUGUUGACGGUGUUGACCCUGCUGGCACAUGACGGAUAUACCCACUGGAAUCAUCCGAUUACGACCUUUAUCCCGGACCUAGACAUAAUAGCUCGUAACCAGAGCUCUCGUGUUCAAUGGCAGGAUAUUACCAUUGGUGAUUUGGCCGCGCAGUUGAGCGGCGUGCCCCAUGAUUAUGCAUUCGAGGAUCUGGCCGGUCAAUAUAGUAACGAGCAAAUGAUGGCCAUGGGCCUCCCUGCCGUUCCGGCGAAGGAUAUCCCGACAUGCAAUCAGGGGGAAGCGGUAAAUGGGGGAAGUCCGUGCGAUAGAGAAGCAUUCCUCCGCGGUAUAGUCAGUGAAAAUCCGACGUUUGCUCCAGGCACUACGCCCGCUUAUUCCAAUGCAGCUUACCAGCUGUUGCGCUACGCGAUGGAGAACAUCACUGGAACCGACUUCCCGUCCAUGUUCGAGAACAGCAUAGUCAAGCCUCUCAGUCUCAACUCAACAAGCUUACUCGUCCCGAAGAAUGCCAACGUUGGUAUCAUUCCGCUUAAUCAGACGGCCAGUGUGUGGGACUUUGAUCUAGGCGACGGUGAUGCCUUUGGGGGUGCAUACUCGAGUGCCAAUGAUCUUGCUGUCAUUGGUCGCUCCAUUCUUCAAUCUCUUUCCGACUCCUCAGCAUUAAAUAUCUCGUCAACCUUGACCCGUCACUGGCUGAAACCAUUGAGCCACACCACCAGCUUCCAAACCUCUGUCGGGGCUCCCUGGGAAAUCUUCCGUUACGAGCUACCGAACCGACCUAACCAUGUCAUCGAUGUUUACAGCAAAUCCGGAAACCUGGGAGCAUAUGCCGAUAUCAUUGCGCUCAUUCCGGAGUACGAAAUUGGGUUCUCAAUCACAGCUGCUGAUCUGCCGACAAACCCUCUACCGAAUGUAUGGGGAUUAGCAGACCUAAUCAUUGACCGGCUCUCUCCUGCAUUCGACAAGGCCGCCCAACAAGAAGCCAACUGCACUUAUGCAGGUACAUACAAGGCACAAGGGGCAAAUUCUACGACUGAUUCCUAUGUCACUAUUACAACGGAUCACCAGAAGCCCGGUCUCCUGGUGACUAAGUGGGUGAGUAAUGGCGUCGACUUUCUUCAGUCUCUCGUCGCUCUUUCGGGGUUCGAGGGGCUAGCUGUUAGGUUAUAUCCCACUGGGAUUGAGGAAAGCGUACCUGGAAAAUCUGCGAACCGUGUAUUUUUCCGUGGUGUAUUUGACUAUGACACGUCUGGACAGUCAAGGGGCGUUAUCUCUGCCUGUCAGUCUUGGCUCAAUGUCGAUGCCUCUCGAGUCGGUAACAUUGGUGUUGAUGAAUGGGUGUUUACACUUGAUAAAGGCAAGGCAAGCAGUGCUGAGCCCCGACUGAUGAGGAAGCAGUUGCGUCGUGUAUAGAAGGAUCCGCUGGUUUUAGCUCUGACUUUUGGUACACCAUGUUCUAAACUUGUGUUCUAUCAUACAUGUCCCUUUUUAGUGAUGUUGCUUCUUUUGCGUU